GAUGGCGGUGUAAGCGUCGUAAGCUUUUCGUGUAUUGUACUAAUUUUCCAGUUUCCCUUGCUAAACGGGAAAAUGGCAAAGGUUGUUAAUAUUCUGAGUGAAUUCGGGUUGAAUGUGGGUGUUUGUGUUAUAAUGUAGAGAGCCGUAUAUACAAAUACAUCAUUUUAGAUGUAGUAAAAUAAUGUCAUCCACACCGAAAUCGGGAAAAUAUGUCCAAGAAAACGAGUCUUCGUGCCCUUCUCCGUUGGCUGGUCCGGGUCCCGGGGGCCACAAAGGUUCGUUCAAGAGUAGCAACAAACUCGCGAGACGCGCCAGAUCUUUCAAAGACGAUUUUUUGGGGAAGAUAUCGCAGAUGAGGAGCCCCUCCGGUACUGGCGGAGUGCAAGCAGUCGCCCCGCGAUCGCAGAGUCCCAAAGCACUCGCGUCCAAAGUCGAUCCCGAGCACAGGUUCAUAGUAAAAAGUCCCGAACAAGAAUUGGACGAACUUUGGAAACAGAUCCAGGUGGCUCUGAAGCAUUUUAGGGAUGUGGUUUCCAAGCAGAAAUUGGAGAUGCUUCCUGGUAACGGUACUAUUGUUUUGGAUACGGUGUGGCUGAUAAAUUUGGCGGUGAAAUCUUCGGUAGAAAAUACGAAUAAUGUUAAAACGGCAACGUCGCGGAUGUAUCAGAGCGUAGCGAGAUUGAUUAAAUUGUGCGACGAUGUUCUUAUCGACGACAAAAGUUCCGAACUGGAUAAAGAAAACGUCAACGAUAUCGUUCAACAAGUUGAAGAUGCUGUUAAGGAUAUCAUCACUUUGGUACAAGAAAAAGCAUCACACCAACAUAUCUCGUACAAAACAACACCGAGAUCGUCUUAUUGUACUAAUUUAGAAAUGCCGGCACAACGAAACUCCCUUCCCGACAUCCCCCUAACACCCAGAGAAAGAGAAAUCAUCGAACAAAAUUCCGUUAUACAAAAUAAGGUCCGAAGUAGCCACAGUACGGAAUCAAUUUUAAGGGAACCGAGUCCGCCUCCUAAACCGCCGCUGCCGGAAAAUCUGCGCAAAUCCGAACAGAAUAAUCUUAUAACGCCGCCUCCGCUGCCGCCUAAAAAGAAGAAUCUCAAGAUGCAACAAUUGGUUGACGAAUGCGCGUUCGUCGAUCAUUCGCCGUCUUCCAACAGCUUCGAAAGAAUAUCCUUAAGAUCGAAAUCACCCGACGAUUCAAUAUCGAUUCUAUCGGAAAGCGCCGGCAGUAUCGAUUCCAUGUUGAAUCAUUCGUCUCGCGACGAAGACGAAAUCAAAGACAUCAUGGAUAGAGACGAUCUCUAUUUCGAGAACCAUUCGUCCGACGUGUUCGACGUAAAUUGUUCGACGUCCUGGGAGGAAUCGUCGUUGAGUUCCAGUUUAUCCAACCACAACGGUCUCGAUCAUUUGACAUCGGUCAACGAUUAUCAUCGAUUAUCGAACGCCGAUUCCGGCAUCGUUUCCGUUCGAUCGUCGAGUUAUUCGAGAAGUUCCCAGAUGAGUUCGAGCAGUUCGCAGAUUAUGACGCACGUUUCCAAAACUUCCGGCACCCAUAGGAGCGUCAAAGCGGAAACUACCGUACAAAAAACGACGCGACUUCAAGAGAGCGUCUGCCGUACCGUCAGUAGAGACGUCACGGAUUUUCUCGACGUCGAAGUACCGCCGGCGCUACCGCUCAAGACCAAGAAGAAGACCGAGCGGAAUCCUUCGCCGUACGAUAACGUGCCGGAAGAAAAUAUCGGCGAGUUGUUGGUAACAUGCGAAAGACAUCAGUCCCAUCAGAGUUUAUCGAGUUGCACCAGCAAUUGGGAACAGGACGUCAAACCGCCUCCGUUACCGCCCAAAAAGAAACAUAUGUUCCAAUCUGUGGCUUACUCGGUUAUGGCGUACAUGGAGAUGUUCGGCAACUGUUCCCACACCAACGAUCAAGAAUUCAUGAGACAUUCUGUACAUAUGGUUCAAUAUACGCAACCGACUGCCGGCGGUUUACCCACCACCCAAUCUUGCACGUUCACGCAAUCGCAUUCGGCGAGUCGCACGUCGCACAGUCACAUACAAGUAUUAACCCUACCAUCAAGAUCCGAUUCGCCGUCCCCCCUUCAUUCCCCCAAUUCCCAAACAUCGAAUAACGCCGCCCUACCCCCUGCUCUACCGCCCAAACAACGACGCAAACAAUCGGCGAGAACUCCUCCGCCUACCCCGGUAUCGGAACCGAAAAACUCUUCUUCUUCUUCUUCUUCCACUAACAAAGUAUUGCCUGAUCUAUUGGAGCAUACGGCCAAGAACGAGGAGAAAUCGUCGGAGAGCAGCACGCCAUCUUGCGAAGAAGAUCUGAUGGAGAUGCUGAACGUCGAUCGGUAUUUGACGUGGAAGAAACCGGACGAAGAAGGACCGGAUAUAAGGGGCGGGCCGAUCGAUGCUCUGAUCAUACAAGCGACUAAAGCCACCAAAAAUGGAGAAGAGAAGGAGAACGUAUUCAUGUACCAAGAGGCUUUCCUAACGACGUACAGAACAUUCAUAUCCCCCCACGACCUCAUAACCAAACUAAUCCGAAGAUACAACCACUUCUACUACCAACAAGACAAAAAGCCCCGAUCGCGCGAAGCCUUCGCUCUAAUAGUGCGAGCCGUCAGCGAUCUAACAAGCCUCGAUCUAACCGAAGAUCUCCAACUCAAACUUAUGGAUUUCGUCCAACAGCUCAUCUCCUGCGGCGAAUUAACACUAGCCAAGGCGCUGCGCGUCAAACACCUCCAACGACACGAGGCCAAACAACAUUCGAUGAAAUACGCGAACGUCGUCGCUUCGUUAUCGUUGCACAACAGAAAUUCGACGUUGUUGUGCUUCAAAUCCGAGCAAAUAGCCGAGCAAAUGACGCUGCUCGACGCCGAGCUCUUCAUGAAAAUCGAAAUACCGGAAGUGCUGAUUUGGGCGCAGGAGCAGAACGAAGAGCGCAGCCCGAAUCUGACGAAAUUCACCGAACACUUCAACAAAAUGUCUUAUUGGGCGAGAACGAAAAUAUUGACGGCCGAUGGGAAGGACGCGAGGGAAAAGUACUUCGCCAAAUUUAUCAAAAUAAUGAAACACCUGAGGAAGAUCAACAAUUUUAAUUCGUAUUUGGCGCUGUUGUCGGCUUUGGAUUCGGCGCCGGUUCGAAGAUUGGAAUGGCAGAAACAAGUCCAGGAAGGACUCAAAGAAUAUUGCGCUCUCAUCGAUAGUUCUUCCAGUUUUAGGGCGUACAGGAUGGCUCUGGCGGAAACGCAACCGCCCUGUAUACCCUACAUAGGUCUGGUCCUGCAGGAUUUAACUUUCGUCCACAUAGGAAACAGCAAUUCAUUACCAGACGGUUCGAUAAAUUUCUCCAAAAGAUGGCAGCAAUUCAAUAUAGUCGAAAACAUGAAAAAAUUCAAAAAAUCGACGUACACGUUCAAGAAACAAGAAAAAAUCAUCACGUUCUUUCAAAAUUUCGACGAUUUCAUCGGCGAAGACGCCAUGUGGAAACUAUCGGAAACCAUAAAACCACGCGGCAAAAAAAACCACAACCGAGAUUAAAAGACUACAAAGCAAUAUAUUGAAAUUUAAAAAAAAAUUAUAUACACUUAGUGCAAUUAUGGUUUUGAAGGUGCCUAAACGAUUUUUUCCCUAUAAUUUCCACGGGUCGAAAAAAAGUCGGCUGGGAUAAUACUUUUUCUCGCACCCCCCGUAUAAUCAACAUCACGUAAACCGGAACCAAAAAUCGCCCUGUAUACUAAUCGUUUAUUUUUUUCUUAGCGAUUAUUUGUUACUGAUGUAACAUACAGGGUGUUUCAAUUAUUAGAAAUCGAUUUAAUGGUUGACGUGUCCUUUUUUUUUCUAUUUUUUUUUUUCGAAAUUGGCAUUUGUGUUGGAUAAAUUGAAACAAUGAAUUCAGGCAUCGAAUUUCAUCGGGAUUUGUAUUUUUUAUUUUAUUUUUUUUUUCUUUUCGUUUCUUUUUCGCGAUUUAAAACAAUUUUUAACCGAAGACUGAUUGUUCUUAAGGAAGGGGAGUGUUUUCGUCGAAACGUCGACGAGGUUUUCGUACUGCGAUUUAGGAAAACGAAGUUCGAAAACGUUGUCGACGUUUCGAAUAGUAAAUUAAGCGAAAUCGGUGUUAGAUUUAAAAAAAAACUACCUUAGUUCAAUGUAUUUGGUGAACAAUCGAAACGAAACGUUUUUUCCGCUCCAUUUUUGGAAAAUUCGCGCAUUUUCCAGCAGAUUUUCUUUUCUUUGGUUUGUUUCUUCAUAUUAAAUCAAAAUGAAGUUUUGAACUUUUUUACAUAACGUUUGGAAUCAAUGAAAAAAUUGAUUUUUUCUCAUAUAAAUAAUUUUUUCUUAAUUAUUUUAAGCGCCAUUUUCCUGUAUUCGAUAAUUGCUAGUUUAUCAAAUUUUCCAGCCUGCUCCCAUUUUGAAUCCCGAAUUUUUUACCUGUUUUAAUGGUAUUUUUGUUAUACUCUCUUUGGACGCCAUUUUUCAUUAUAUAAUUUUAAUUACACUCCUCGUAUAUUACGAAUUUAACUUGAAUUUGAACAGAAAUUGACAAUUUUUUGUUCCACGGUGUUUUACGACUCUUAAAACACAGUUUCAUUGAUCUAGACCAUUUUUUUGGUUUCUUUUCGAAAAAAUUUAUUAUUGAUAUAAUUCUUUUUUUCCCUGGUAUAUUGCGAACCUACCUAUGAUUUGAUAAAAUCAUAUUUUUUUCCCACCACAAUGUUUUACGACUCUUAAAACACUAGUUUUAUUGAUCCAGAUCAUUUUUGCUUCAUUAUAAAUUCUUUUAUUGCUUUCUAUGAUUUAAUUCAUCAUAUUCCCCUUGUAUAUUGAGAAUUUAACUUGGAUUUAAGUAGAAAAUAACAAAUUUUUCCUCCUACGAUGUUUUAAGACUCUUAAAACACUAGUUUUAUUGAUCCAGAUCAUUUUUGCUUCAUUAUAAAUUCUUUUAUUGCUUUCUAUGAUUUAAUUCAUCAUAUUCCCCUUGUAUAUUAAGAAUUCAACUUGGAUUUAAGUAGAAAAUAACAAAUUUUUCCUCCUACGAUGUUUUAAGACUCUUAAAACACUAGUUUUAUUGAUCCAGAUCAUUUUUGCUUCAUUAUAAAUUCUUUUAUUGAUUUCUAUGAUUUAAUUCAUCAUAUUCCCCUUGUAUAUUAAGAAUUCAACUUGGAUUUAAGUAGAAAAUAACAAAAUUUUCCUCCCACAAUGUUUUACGACUCUUAAAACACUAGUUUUAUUGAUCCAGAUCAUUUUUGCUUCAUUAUAAAUUCUUUUAUUGCAUUCUAUGAUUUAAUUCAUCAUAUUCCCCUUGUAUAUUAAGAAUUCAACUUGGAUUUAAGUAGAAAAUAACAAAAUUUUCCUCCCACAAUGUUUUACGACUCUUAAAACACUAGUUUUAUUGAUUCAGAUCAUUUUUGCUUCAUUAUAAAUUCUUUUAUUGCUUUCUAUGAUUUAAUUCAUCAUAUUCCCCUUGUAUAUUAAGAAUUCAACUUGGAUUUAAGUAGAAAAUAACAAAAUUUUCCUCCCACAAUGUUUUACGACUCUUAAAACACUAGUUUUAUUGAUCCAGAUCAUUUUUGCUUCAUUAUAAAUUCUUUUAUUGCUUUCUAUGAUUUAAUUCAUCAUAUUCCCCUUGUAUAUUGAGAAUUUAACUUGGAUUUAAGUAGAAAAUAACAAAUUUUUCAACCCACAAUGUUUUACGACUCUUAAAACACUAGUUUUAUUGAUCCAGAUCAUUUUUGCUUCAUUAUAAAUUCUUUUAUUGCUUUCUAUGAUUUAAUUCAUCAUAUUCCCCUUGUAUAUUAAGAAUUCAACUUGGAUUUAAGUAGAAAAUAACAAAAUUUUCCUCCCAGAAUGUUUUACGACUCUUAAAACACUAGUUUUAUCGAUUCAAACAAUUUUUAGUAUCUUUUCGAAUACAUUCAUUGUUUCCUAUAAUUAAAUUUCCCUUCAUUCCCUCGUACAUUGUUUUUCAACGAUGUUAGUGAAUUUUUUCGUUCACUUACGUCACAUCUGGUGUCGAAUUGUGUUAGAAAAAAAACUACAAAUUUCAAUUGUUCAUCAGAAUUAACUCUUUAGAAGGCCUAACUAAAAUAUAAGCUAACAAAUAAAAAAAAAAUGUAAACUGCUCUCGUAGAGAAAAAUACGUUCAGUUGCCAUAUUUUUUAGAAAAAUUUGCCACUAGUCCAUUUCAAAAUGCUAAAAAUAACCUAACCUAAUAUUUUCGAAUGAAUUUUAAGAGCGAAUCUUUUUAAUUGGCUCACUUUUAAGGGAAAAGCUUCUAAAAAAGAAAAUUUUACUGCACAAUUAUAUUUUGGUAAAGAAAAAUCUUAAAUUUAUCUUCCUAUCCGGUCUAAAACAUUUUUUUUUAUCAAAUUAUUGUACAUACUUUCACAAUUCUUCAAAUAAAUCUUUGAUUUAAUUUUUCUAUUGUUGAAAACAAUCGCACAAUCCCCCGUAUAUAACCCCUAUCAAGUCAAUUAAAUAACUAAAACGUCUUUAAUCAAAAGGAAUUUUGUUUUGUUACAUUAUUUGUUCUAUACCGAUACCUCUUGCAUCUAUCUUAUUCAUGACUACACCUAAAACAAACCUUCUGGUACCCCUUUUGACCAAACUACUUCUUUUAAACAAUUUUUACACUCCAAUCUAAUUUUUUACAUCAUUUUGUCUCACAUAAUAUUACUAUGUACAUCCUCUGUACAUUAUCUUCAACGUAAAACCCUUCUGGUACCUCUAUUAUCGCCUGUAGCAAAUUCUUCUUAUCUUCUACGGAACCACAUAUAUCAACAAACCUCUGGUACCUCUAUAAUGGCAGUCUAUGAUAUCUUGAGAAUGUUUGUAUUAAAACUGCGAGCCUCGCAAACUUUCUGAUACCUCUAUUGGUACCCUUUUAUAACUUUUGGACGUAUUCUUCAGUUUUGUGUCUCGUACGAGUUUAAUGGUACCUCUCUUAUCUGUCUGUAACGAAUUCUAUUCACCUGCUACGCAACUACGUAUCUGGUACUUCUCUAAUUAUAACAUGUGACAUUUUUGCGGUACUUUGUAACCACUUUUGGUUGUAUGUCGCCUACAAACUUAAUGGUGCCCCUCUUAUCUGUCUAUUGAUACUUUGUGAUACUUUCUAAACGUUUUCUGGUACCUCUUUUAACAAUUUCUGGGUACACGUUUCGAAAUCAUGUUUCAUAAAAACCUUCUGGUAUCUCUGUUGGUACUUUAUGAUAAUUUCUAAACGUUUUACUCAGUUCUAUGUCUUUUACAUACCUUCUGGUACCUCUUUUAACAAUUUCUGGGUACACGUUUCGAAAUCAUGUUUCAUAAAAACCUUCUGGUAUCUCUGUUGGUACUUUAUGAUAAUUUCUAAACGUUUUACUCAGUUCUAUGUCUUUUACAAACCUUCUGGUACCUCUUUUAACAAUUUCUGGGUACACGUUUCGAAAUCAUGUUUCAUAAAAACCUUCUGGUACCUCUAUUAGUACUUUGUGAUAAUUUCUAGGCGUUUUCGUCAGUUCUAUGUCUUUUACAAACUUUCUGGUACCUCAAUUGGCACUUUGUGAUAAUUGUUGGAGGUUUUUUCCAAGCUCUGUUAGUUGUAUAAACUUUCUGAUACCUAUGUAAGCUCAUUCAACAAUUUCUGAGCAUCGACUUCGAAAGUUUGUGUUAUCCAAAUCUAAUUUGUCGUAGCAUAACAGGAAUGACUUAAAUAUGUUGAAAUUUGCAGUAUAUUGGACCAUUUCGACUACUUCGUGAAACCGCACAACCUUACAUAUCAAAAAUUAAAACCAGAAGUAGUUGUUCGUUUCCAAGCCCCUCGUAACUAGUCUCCAGGAGUCGCUUCCUUAACAUAGCAAGCAAAAACUGGUUCCAAAUUUGUUAUCUAGAUUUUAAUUGACGCUCCUGGUAGUUUUUCUUUCGCGAUGUAGGAAAAAAAUAUUUGAAAAAGUAUUUACGACAUUUUAAUCAACUUAUUCGUUUUUUUUAUUCCAAUUCUGUACUUUUUCUGAUGAAAAAAAAAAACAAUAAAAACGAGUUGUGUCGUUAAUAUCUAUCAUUUGGCAACCCUGUAUAUUAAACAUUUCAAAAAUGUCGUUUCUACUUCGAAUUUCUCACAUGUUUCUGUAUUAUCUGUGAUCUUAUUUUAAUUUUUUUUUUCAUUUUGUUUAUUUAUUAUAACAUAUUUGUUGUAUAUAACAUAUUUUUCGGAAAAUUUCAAAUUUUCCAUCGACGCUAAUUUUUUUUAUGUAAAUUUGAAUUAAAAGUGCCAUUUUUUUGUUUCGUUUUUCAGAUUUGCUUUAAAAUUUGUACAUACUGUAUAAUAUUGUUUAAACAUUAUUUUUUUUUUCGAUUACAUAGAUUUUUUUAGUAUGCUUUUAACAUUAUAUAUAUGUUGGUGUGAUAACAUAUUCCUAAGUACCUAAAUACAGUGUGUGAUAAAA